AGCGGUGGCGGCCCGGGUGGUGGGGGUCUACGGUGGUUGUGGUGGUGGCGGCGGCGGCGCUGCUGUUCCCCGCGCGGUCCGCGCUGCGCGUGUCGGGCGGCGGCGGCGGCGGCGGCGGCGAAGGAACUGCGGCCCCGGCCCGACCCCGACCCCGGGACCCUUCCCUAGCCGCCCCGCGCCCACGGGCCGCCCCCGGGGCCCGUAGUCCCCUCCCCCGCUGGCGGGGCCCGGACAGAAGAUGGUGCAGAAGAAAACAGCCGAACUUCAGGGCUUCCAUCGUUCGUUCAAGGGGCAGAAUCCUUUCGAGCUGGCCUUCUCCUUAGAACAAGCCCACCCCGGGGAGACUGACUUCAGCCUGGAGUGCCCAGCCCGCCCUGAUAUGCCCACGAGCCAGCCCAUCGACAUCCCAGAUGCCAAGAAAAGGAGCAAGAAGAAAAAGCGGUGCCGGGCAACUGACAGCUUCUCGGGCAGGUUUGAAGAUGUCUACCAGCUGCAGGAGGAUGUGCUUGGGGAGGGUGCCCACGCCCGUGUGCAGACCUGUAUCAACCUCAUCACCAACCAGGAGUAUGCUGUUAAGAUCAUCGAAAAGCAGCCGGGCCACAUUCGGAGCAGGGUUUUUCGGGAGGUGGAGAUGCUGUAUCAGUGCCAGGGACACAGGAACGUUCUGGAGCUGAUUGAGUUCUUCGAGGAGGAGGACCGCUUCUACCUGGUGUUUGAGAAGAUGCGGGGCGGCUCCAUCCUGAGCCACAUUCACAAGCGAAGACACUUUAAUGAGUUGGAGGCCAGCGUGGUCGUGCAGGACGUGGCCAGCGCCUUGGAUUUCCUGCAUAACAAAGGCAUUGCCCACAGAGACCUAAAGCCAGAAAACAUCCUUUGUGAGCACCCCAACCAGGUCUCCCCUGUGAAGAUCUGUGACUUUGACCUGGGCAGUGGCAUCAAACUAAAUGGGGACUGCUCCCCCAUCUCCACCCCAGAGCUGCUAACUCCGUGUGGCUCUGCAGAGUACAUGGCCCCUGAGGUGGUGGAGGCCUUCAGCGAGGAGGCCAGCAUCUACGACAAGCGCUGUGAUCUCUGGAGCCUGGGUGUCAUCCUCUACAUCCUGCUCAGUGGCUACCCACCCUUCGUGGGCCACUGUGGCAGCGACUGCGGUUGGGACCGCGGUGAGGCCUGCCCAGCCUGCCAGAACAUGCUGUUCGAAAGCAUCCAAGAGGGCAAGUACGAGUUUCCCGAGAAGGACUGGGCCCACAUCUCCUUCGCUGCCAAAGACCUCAUCUCGAAGCUGCUGGUUCGCGAUGCCAAGCAGAGGCUGAGCGCUGCGCAGGUCCUGCAGCACCCCUGGGUGCAGGGGUGCGCUCCGGAGAACACCCUGCCCACGCCCAUGGUCCUGCAGAGGAACAGCUGUGCCAAAGACCUCACGUCCUUCGCAGCCGAGGCCAUUGCCAUGAACCGGCAGCUGGCCCAGCGCGAGGAGGACGAGCUGGAGGAAGUGGAGCAGGGCCAGCCCGUGGUCAUCCGACCUACCUCACGCUGCCUGCAUCUCUCCCCACCGUCCCAGUCUAAGCUGGCCCAGCGGCGGCAGCGAGCCAGUCUGUCAGCAGCCCCUGUGGUCCUAGUCGGGGACCACGUGUGACCCCUCCCUCCCUCUGUACAUUGGUCGCUCCCUCCCCCGUUAGAUCUCAAGAGUUUUUUAAGCUAUUGCCAGCCAGUGACCAGCGGGCUGCGCUACCCGCCCCCUCCCCCCACCAUGGGUUCUGAGUUGCUCAGCUCAGCUGGGGGUGUCUUUUUAUAUAAAGUUUUUGCUGUUGGGUUUUUCCUUUUUUUCUGUCCCCUAUCCCCAUUUUUUCCCCUUUGAAUGGUGUUAAAAGCAAACAGGUGCCCUGGGAGAAGAGCAGAGGGUGUGUGUGCUGCACGUGCCCCCGCCCCGCCACCCUGGCCCCACACACUCACCUGUACUGUGAAAGGCCCUGUGCCCGUGCCCCUGCCCGAUGUGACUCAGGAGAGGAGGACCGUAGCUGUCUUCCAGAGCUGGGGGGCCCCGGAACACACACCCCUCCCCAUCCCCGGCCCCACCGUGUUCUCAGGACUGGACCGACCCCGCACCUCCUUUCCUCCCGAAGGCACUCUGGGGGCCGGCAGUGUCCCGAGAGUGGGCCAGUGGGGCGGAGAGCUGCCAACUAGACCCAUGCCCACUGGGUGCUCUGUCUCGGGGAGCAGGCCACUGGAGGAAUGGGAGGGGCUGGACUGGCACCUGUCAGCCAACAUGGAGGUCCUGGAAAGCCCCCCACCCCAGGCACCCAAGUGCCCCUGCUCAGGGCUCAAUCUGACCACGGCUGCAUCCCUGUUGACCGUUGGGUUGGUGUAGAAGCUCCGUCAGCCCUGCCUCCUCCCCUCCCUGGAGCCAGGGCUGGCAAGGGGUCCUGCUGAAUCCCCUCUCCCUCAAAGGCAGCAUUUCCACUCUGCCCACCUUCAGGAAAACCGCCCCUCAGGCACCCAGGAACCAUCCCACCCCAGUACCCAGGUCAGAUGUCGCAUGACCCGCUGGGCUUGGGGAGACUCUGACACCCCUCUUUGUCCUCGGGUGGGAAACACUAUGCAAUACAAGCUUCUUCCUUUGUGCACGCGUGUGCUUCUGCCAGCAGGGCGGCCCCCCCGCCCUCACCAGGGCAGCUCAGCCCGGGUUGCGGCUGGGUCUUCAGGCAAGCCAGCUGGACAGCCCUCUGGCGUCUAGUUUUUCAUUCUGUUCCAUUAGUUUUUUAAGAACAUCAGUUGACUUCCCUUUCCUAUUCUUGAAGAAUACUUGAAUGUCGGGGGGCCUCGUGGGCAGGGGGGCUGGACACUGACCCCUCCCCCGAGUCUUGUACAGUUGUUGCCGUCUGCAGGCCGGUGCCCGUCCCCACCCACCUGACUGUGGGCUGGCCGUUCCAAAGACCCCGGGUGGGGCAGCUGCCCUCCCCUCCAUCAUAGCUUGCCCAUCAGUGGUUCAAUGUAUCACAACUGGGGGUUCUGCCUUUUUGUGAAAGAAAUGAGGCCUCACCCAGCUACAGGUGUUGUGGCCACUUCAGUCUGGAAAGCUGAGCUGUGAGCAGCUUUUUUUUUUCCCCUCAAAGGUGGGACAGCCACUUCCUCUCCCCUAUCAUGUCUACAGUGCAACCUGGAGGACUGGCCAGAACCGUUACUGUGAAUGGGCACCGGGGUCCUAGGGCUCCAGGGCCCCGGGCUGCUAGGCUGCUCUGGCCCUGGGGGAAGGGGCAGUGGCAGUGUUUCCAUGUUAAGAUGUGUUUGAAAAGACAACUCAAGUUUUUUAAAAGUGGGGGAAAAACACCAAGCACUUUAACUCCACUGUACCAGGCACACUGAUGCAGCUCAGUUCUCCUCGACACCAACUGUCAGUGCCGGAAUUUUGUAUUCUGUUUUAUAAGGAUUUAAUAAAACUCAUAAAAACUUG